GAUCUGCAGGCCGGCUGCGCGGUGGAGGUCCCGGUUCUCCGUCAUGGGGUUCCAGCCGAGUCCAGUCCUGCUGGCUUCCCUGGGGGUGGGGCUGCUGAGUCUGUUUGGCCUAGCUCUGGGCUCCUACCUCCUGCGGAGAUCCCGCCGGCCGCUGGUCACGCUCUUGGACCCCAAUGAAAAGUACCUGCUGCGACUGUUAGAUAAAACGACCGUGAACCACAACACUAAGAAGUUCCGCUUUGCCCUGCCCACCGCCCACCACGUUCUGGGGCUGCCUGUGGGCAAACAUGUCUACCUCUCUGCCUGCAUCAACGGCAGUCUUGUCAUCAGGCCCUACACUCCCAUCACCAGCGAUGAGGACCAAGGCUACGUGGAUCGUGUCAUCAAGGUCUACCUGAAGGGCGUGCACCCCAAAUUUCCUGAGGGAGGGAAGAUGUCUCAGUACCUGAAUAGCCUGAAGCUUGGGGAUGUGGUGGAGUUUCGAGGGCCCAGUGGGUUGCUCACUUACACCGGGAAAGGAAAGUUCAGCAUUCAGCCCAACAAGAAAUCUCCGCCGGAACCCCGAGUGGCCAGGAAACUGGGAAUGAUUGCCGGAGGCACAGGGAUCACCCCGAUGCUGCAGCUGAUCCGGGCCAUCCUGAAAGACCCAGAAGAUCCAACCCAGUGCUUUCUGCUUUUUGCCAACCAGACCGAAAAGGACAUAAUCUUACGGGAGGACUUGGAGGAGCUGCAGGCACGACACCCCAAUCAGUUUAAGCUCUGGUUCACUCUGGAUCAGCCCCCAGAAGAUUGGACCUACAGCAAGGGUUUUGUGUCUGCCGACAUGAUCCGGGAGCACCUGCCUGCCCCAGCAGAGGACGUGUUGCUGCUGCUGUGUGGGCCACCCCCCAUGGUGCAGCUGGCCUGCCACCCCAACCUAGACAAACUGGGCUACUCACAGAAGAUGCGCUUCACCUACUGAGCAUCCUCUCGUUUCCCUGGUCUCGCUGCCAGCAUCUGCCCCCAGCCAGCACCUAGUGCUCUGAGCCUUAGAUGCCCUUCCCAAUGGCCCCAGCCUUUUUGUCUUACUCUGGAACUGGAAUCUGAAUGGUACCUGCAGGAACAACAUCCUUAUAGCCAUCAAGAGGGCCAAGGCUGAGUCAGUCCCUGGAAGCCCCACCCCCAUCUCCCUGUGAUGCAAGGUCCAGGUCAGGCCCACAGAGCAGACGUACCCGGAACAGAAAGAAGAAAGCAUGUACACCUGUUCCAGGACUGGCUAGUUCCUGGAUAGCCUCAUACUCUUCUUUGAGUCUGUGAUGAAAAAUUGUGUGUAAUGGGUUUUCCUUAAUAUUUGGUGCUUUACCCAUCGCAGACUCCGCGUGUGUGGCUGAAGUGGAGCAGACUUGCAGAGAAAAUCUUCUCGAGAUCACAGGAAAGGAGGAAAUGGCUUCAUUCAGACCUCGGAGAAAGGAAUCUAAACUCUGUAUUUGCGUGUCUGUCUCCCUCUGCCCCUCUGGUAGGAAAGGGCCACCUACAGUCUAAGACUGCUGCUGGGGCAAAAACCUCUGCUUAUGCUAAUAAAUGGGGCCAAGGUCCCUGUGUUAACACCUAA